CCGGAACUAUAUAGAAUGUGGUUGAAUUAUGAAGGGCUUCAGGUCAUAAAUUGUAGUAAAACAACACGAGUAAGAAAUUUAAAAAAAUAUUCCUGGUACUGGAGAACUUAAUCAAGCGACAACAACAAAGGGACAACUGAAUUGUUUCUUUCCCUGACCUCCUGGCUGCAGAUCUACAAUGUCCAGAUCACGUUUGUCCCUGCUUCAACUGUCCCACCUAGCAUGGAGACUUUGUGUGUUUCCUUCCGCCGCGUCACGCGUACCUGCUGAAACCUGCGCCUACAGCAGCGACGUCAAGGUGCGCUCCUACUUUCAGUACAUGAAACGCAAGCUGAUAUCCCCUCCCAGUCCUCCGUACCACCACGUGUGUCGGGUAGGUGAUCCGGUGCUGCGUUCAAGAGCUGCGGCUGUUGACCCUGCUGCUAUCAGGGGUCCUGAUGUUCAGGAAGUCAUCAACACUCUAGUCAAGGUCCUACGUAAAUUUGAGUGUGUUGGACUGAGUGCCCCUCAGAUCGGGAUACCGCUUCGAAUCCUGGCUUUGGAGUAUCCUCAAAAGAUGCUGCUUGAAAGUUUGCCCGCCUCAAGAAAAGUUCGUGACAUUUCUGUUCAGCCACUGAGAAUAUUUAUCAACCCCGAGCUGAGGGUGCUGGACAGAAACACAGUUAUCUUCCAAGAGGCCUGUGAGAGCAUCUCUGGCUUUUCUGGCGCAGUUCCCCGCUAUCUGUCUGUGGAAGUAUCAGGUCUGAAUGAGAACGGAGAAGCUGUGACUUGGCAGGCCACAGGAUGGCCCGCUCGAAUCCUACAGCAUGAAAUGGACCACUUGGAUGGCGUACUCUACAUCGACCGCAUGGACAGCAAGACUUUCAUAAACGUCAACUGGCAGGAGAACAAUGAAUGAAAAAGCAUCAGGAGUCUGUGUGAGGGACACAAAAAAACUGCAGACUUCUCCUGAAACUAUUCACCUGGAUGGCCAUUUUCACCACUACUUCUGCGGUGUCCAUUGUUGCACUUCUGUUCUUACACUUAGGGUCUGAUCUACUAAAAUAAGUACUAAAUAGCAUAUACAAAGUAUAAAAUGGUGUGUACUAUUAAGGCGUGUUGCGGGUGGUGCCAAAAUGUGCUAAAUAUAGACUCAAUAGAUUAGAUUAGAUUAGAUAGUACUUUAUUGAUCUAAUCUAUUGAGUCUAUAUUUAGCCCAUUUUGGCACCACCCGCAACAAUACAGCGGUCGUAAAACAGUUUUAGGUUUGAUAAAUCACUUUGCGAGCUUUAAAUGAUUAUAAUUACAUUUCCUCCUCCCGGUAUUGUGUUCUAAUAAUCCGCAUAUAUUCUGCAUAUACAGUACAGGCCAAAAGUUUGGACACACCUUCUCCUCAUUCAAAGAGUUUUCUUUAUUUUCACGACUAUUUACAUUGUAGAUUGUCACUGAAGGCAUCAAAACUAUGAAUGAACACUUGAUAGCGCACAAAGCUGAUUUACUAGGAUCUCUUAAAUGAGCAAAAUAGCGAGCGUAAUCCUUCAUGUACAGUACAGGCCAAAAGUUUGGACACACCUAAUUCAAUGCGUUUUCUUUAUUUUCAUGACUAUUUACAUUGUACAUUGUCACUGAAGGCAUCAAAACUAUGAAUGAACACAUGUGCAGUUAAGGACUUAACAAAAAAAGGUGAAAUAAUUGAAACCAUGUUUUAGAUUCUAGUUUCUUCAAAAUAGCCACCCUUUGCUCUGAUUACUGCUUUGCACACCUUCAAACACACCUGUGAAGUGAAAACCAUUUCAGGUGACUACCUCUUGAAGCUCAUCGAGAGAAUGCUAAGAGUGUGCAAAGCAGUAAUCAGAGCAAAGGGUGGCUAUUUUGAAAAAAAACUAGAAUAUAAAUUAGUUAUUUCACCUUUUCUAAAAAAAAAUCUGGGUGUGCAUUGAGUAACGUGAGGAGGAGCAGGAGUUGUAUUAGACAUGGCGAGCAGACUUUUUUUUUUUAGCAACUAGUCAGAGAUAGAGACACAUUGUGUAGUUCUGCUGUAUGGCAGCACUUUGGCAGACCUGACAACUCUUUAGGAUUCUCUGGAUAUUUCCCUUGUUUGAAGUUACGAAUCUCCCUGACCGUGGUGUUUUUGUGCGGCAUAAAAUAUUGUAGCUUUGGCCUGAAAGUUGAAAAGAUGACAAAGAGGUGGUCGAUCAACAAUCACUUUAUGAAAACAUAUACAACUGUAUCAAAGUGCACACUUUCCCCACGGUCAUCCAUUCGCCACUCAGGACACAUUCAAUGACGCAAACUGUCGGAAUAUACAACUCUAAAGCAGGAAUUCAUGACAAGGGGUAUUUUUUUAAGCGCUUAUUUCCUCCACAGCGGUUUUAAAAAAUGUCCAUCUAACACAAAAUAUGUUCGACGUAAAAACACACUCACCGGCUGUUGUGCGCAUUUUUGUUUCCCAUCCAGAAAAAACUACCACAGAUGACUGGCACAUAACACCUUUGUUCAUCAAUAUAUGAUAUAUCACAUGUCAGCGGUGUGCCGUCAGGGCCAACAAGACCUUCUCUGCUGGCCUAACAUAACCAGAAAUCCAUCCCAUCCAUCCAUUUUCUACCGAUUGUCCCGUUCGGGGCGCUGUAGCCUAUCUCCGCUGCAUUCGGGCAGAAGUCGGGGUACACCCUGUACAAGUCGCCACCUCAUCACAGGGCCAACACAGAUAGACAGACAACAUUCACACACUAGAGCCAAUUUAGUGUUGCCAAUCAACCUAUCCCCAGGUGCAUGUCUUUGGAGGUGGGAGGAAGCCAUCAUCAUGAUUAAAGAUUAUUAUAUUAUU